CGUUCCACUUCGUUCUCAGUGCGAGCUUCGAUACGUAAAAAUAGUGAUAAUGCAAACGACCCGUGUAUCACAGAGUUCAGCAGUUCUACGCCGCGGAGUCGUGAUGACCUGAUUCACUUUUGUCGCUCUAAAAGUGUAUUUUGAUCUUGAAAUCGUGUCUUGUGCAAGGUUAUGUGCAGUUAUGAGUCUGACAUUUGGAUCCCUUACGAACGUUCAUCAAGUCGGAUCAUUUAACCGUAUUCGGGAAUCAGUGCGACGUGCAGUCACUAUUAAUUUUGAACCGCGUAAAAAAAGUGCGGUUUGCGUAUUUUAAUGAUGCCAAUUCGUUCGAAUAAUUUAUUGAAGCGUUCCCCCUCCCUUGAAUACUGCUCGAAGUAAAAUCGGAAUAGAAACUGUUGAGAGUAUACAAAAUGAGUCAAAUAGAAAUGGAUCAAGAAACAGUAUACGGGACUCAUGAAGACAGCCAUGUGGUUAUGUCUGAGAAAGUUCAGAGCUUGGCUGGUAGUAUUUAUCAGGAAUUUGAGAAGAUGAUAGCUCGUUAUGAUCAUGAUGUGGUCAAGGACCUAAUGCCUCUUCUAGUCAAUGUUCUAGAAUGUCUAGACAUAUCUUAUACAGAAAAUCAAGAACGCGAAGUUGAAUUAGAAUUAUUAAGGGAAGACAACGAACAAUUGGUUACACAAUAUGAAAGGGAAAAACAAUUACGAAAAACAUCUGAUCAGAAACUGCUUGAGCUAGAAGAUGCUGCAGAAGAUGAAAGAAAAGAACUUUUAGCAAAAAUUGAUAGUUUGGAAUCAAUAGCAAGGAUGUUGGAAUUGAAGACAAAGAAUUCACAUGAUCACGUCGUUCGUCUUGAAGAAAAAGAGGCGGAACUAAAACGAGAAUAUACCCGGCUGCAUGAGAGAUACACGGAAUUAUUUAAAACGCAUGUAGAUUAUAUGGAAAGAACAAAAAUGUUAGUUGGAAGCACGGAAAGAUUAGAAAAUGCAACCAGUGGUCGUGGUCCAUCUCGUUUACCAUCUCUUGGGCUGGCUCAUAUGUCUAGAAGUUCAGGGCCAUUAAGUUAUGGUUUUCAGAGUUUGGAAGCUAGUAUUAAUGCAGAAGAGAUUCAAGAAGAUAGUCCACCAAAUGCUGCCAAUUUAAGAACUGAAAUGUUGGAUAGCAGUAGUGAAGCUGCUAUAGAAACUUCUGAUAAGAGUCAGUUAACGGAUAAACCAGCACAAGCAAACAAAACAACAGCCAUUUCUAGACAUGAGAGUCCAGAAACUGAAAUACAUCCGCUAUUGGUUACACCUACGUCACCAACGAUAGUAGAAAAAUUAGCUACCACUCCAAGUGGAAGAUCUAGAACAGAACGAGAGCAACGAAGUGCCAAUACAUUGUACCAGGAACUCAGUUUUCAGGAUGCUGAUGCGUUAGGUGAAAUGGACGAAGGAGCAGACAUCACUGGUAGUUGGGUUCAUCCCGGAGAGUACGCAUCGUCGGUCAAUGACAACUUUUUUGGAAUGGGCAAAGAAGUGGAGAACCUUAUUAUGGAAAAUAAUGAACUUUUGGCCACAAAAAAUGCGCUCAACAUUGUUAAAGAUGACUUAAUCAUCAAAGUGGAUGAGUUAACAAGCGAGCAAGAAAUAUUACGGGAAGAAGUUCGGGGUUUGCAACAAGCUAGGGAACGUUCACGGCAAAAAAUCGCUACCCUUGAAGAAGAAUUAAAAAAAGUUAAAGAAGAAGCAGAAGCAGCAGCAAAAGCAGCCAAGAGCGAUGACGAGGAGGAUGUGCCAUUGGCACAAAGAAAAAGGUUUACAAGAGUAGAAAUGGCCAGAGUACUCAUGGAAAGAAACCAGUAUAAGGAACGAUUCAUGGAACUUCAAGAAGCCGUUAGAUGGACAGAAAUGAUAAGAGCCAGCAAGACUGAUCCUGCCAGUAUAUCAGAGGGAAAAGGUUCGGUGUGGAAGUUUUUUAGUAGUCUCUUCACAAGCCCUGGAGAUCGGGGAGCCUUGGUUCGAGGACCACACACAUUACCACACAUUAGAUACAGCGCGCCAACAAAUCAAGUCGUUCCCGCAUCACCUUUGGAUACCAUGCGUAGACGUAUGGUGAAAGGUCGCCAUGAGUUUUUCGACCAGGGAGACACCAUAUCGUCCGAAAAACUUGUAGCUAGACGUGCAAACGAACGAAAAGAGCAAUAUCGGAAAGUUCGCGCUCAUGUUAGAAAGGAAGAUGGACGAUUGCAAGCUUAUGGCUGGAGUUUACCAGGCAAACCAAGUGCUCCAGUUAGGCAACCCGUACCUGUGCCGGUUUAUUGCAGACCUUUGCAGGAAUCAGAACCUGGGAUGAAGAUAUGGUGCGGCGCUGGCGUGAAUCUAAGCGGUGGUAAAACACGCGACGGUGGUUGCAUGGUUGGAGGGAGCGUGUUUUAUGCCGCAGAAGCUCGAGAAGUAAGUACUAAUUCAAAAACUGAUGCUGAAGAUGCUAUUGAACAUUUGGAUAAGGAGCUGCAAGAAAGUGAAAAUCAGAGAGUAGAGGCAGAACAUUUACAACAACAACUAAGUUCGUUGGUUUGGAUCUGCACAUCGACACAAAAGAUGUCGAAAGUUACUGUGAUAGAUGCUAACAAUCCAGCCGAAAUUUUGGAUGUUUUUAAUGUAUGCCAAGGACAUUUACUUUGCAUUGCGAGUGUACUUGGAGCCGAGGAGAGUGAUUAUGCUCAAACCGUUAGCGAAGACGUAGUUCGAACUGCGAAUGGGGUAACCGAUAACGAUGGUCACGAAGUAAAUGCGAGUUCAAGUGCUGGACAAAAUAACCAGAAAAGUAAACAGGAAACUCAAACCUCGUCUGAGAAGAAAACAGAACCGGAUAGUGUCUCUGAAGACCAGAACAACGAAAAUCUUGAGAAGUCGGAUGACACUAAUCAGAAUACAACUACCGAGCCACAAAGUUUAGAAAGUGUAGACAGUGAAACGUCAAAUCUCGGCAAAGUGCAUUUUGUUAAAGUUAACCCAGAAACACCCUCCUCCCGGAUGAAGGAAGACGAGAGUACAAAUGAAGAAAGGCAAAGUGACGAAGUUGAAGAAGGUACUCCUAUAGAAAAAAUGUCUUCGAUACAGCCGACAAUGUGGCUUGGCGCUCAAAAUGGUGCAGUGUUCGUUCAUUCGGGUGUGGCUAACUGGUCGGUCUGUUUGCAUUCUGUUGUAUUGAAGGAUGCCGCGCUGGCUAUUGUACAUAUACAAGGUCGAGUUCUUGUCGCUCUUGCCGAUGGAACUGUUGCAUUAUUUAAAAGAGGUGCGGACGGACAAUGGGAUCUAUCUCAAUAUCAUGUGAUUACCUUGGGUAGCCCACAACAUUCAAUCAGGUGCAUGACUGCUGUUAGUGGCAAAACUGUAUGGUGCGGUUAUAGAAAUAAGAUUCACGUAAUAGAUCCAGUUUCCAUGACUGUCGAGUGCACUGUAGAUGCUCACCCCCGUCGAGAAUCGCAAGUGAGACAGUUAGCUUGGUUGGGUGAAGGAGUCUGGGUCAGCAUUAGAUUAGACUCGACGCUAAGACUCUAUCACGCUCAUACUUAUCAACAUCUUCAAGAUGUCGAUAUCGAGCCUUACGUUAGCAAAAUGCUUGGGACUGGGAAGCUUGGCUUUUCUUUUGUAAGAAUUACCGCGUUACUCAUUUCGUCGAAUAGGCUGUGGAUUGGCACUGGAAACGGUGUGAUAAUUUCUGUUCCUUUAUCUGAAAGUGCUGGUGGUUCAAUGGCGGUGUCCCGAAUUCAAGCAGGAAGUGGUAAAAGUGAUGCACCAGGGAUGGGUGUCAGAAUUUUUGCGUCAGACCGUGGUGUUACGCCUGGAAGUUUUAUACCUUAUUGCAGUAUGGCUCAUGCACAACUUAGUUUUCAUGGACAUAGAGAUGCAGUUAAAAUGUUCGUUGCUGUACCUGGUCACGGUGGACAGAGUGCCGUGUCUGAUGGUUCUCAACCAGCCAUGCUUGUCCUUUCAGGAGGUGAAGGAUACAUCGACUUCAGAGUUGGUGAUGGUGAAGAAACGGAAGACAGCAUGGAGCGAUCCAACAGCGCUGUUGCUGUGAACGCUGAGGAACACGGAGAACAGAGCCAUUUGAUAGUGUGGCAAGUUCAGUGUCCUGUACAAGUGUCUAUGAAUGGCUAGCCUACGUACUUUGAAAGUAUGCCGAUCCCGCUGUUUGGUUCAGCUUGAAGUUCUACACGCGGAUCAAGAAUUCGAGUGAUUCCCGUUGUGGUCCGACAAGGCAUUAAUAAAUCGGACUUAUCUUCUGGCCGGGUGAGUUUCGCCCCGCUGAACUAAUGUUCUAUUUAAUUAUAUCUAUGUAAUGAUUGUAGCGAAUUACGCGAAAGACUCCACGAAUAAUUGGAAUAUUCUGUAACGGCGAAAUCAGUACGAUUUCUCGGACGUACUAGGGAUCAUUUUCAACAUUUGCGCGAUAUUAAGCUUUCUCGGAGUUUCUUGCUAAGUAACAUCAAUGAGAAACUAAUUUCUUAGAUACUCGGUAUAUAUCGAAGAAAUAUUUUUUUUUCCUAUUUAAAUUAAAAAGAUAUAAUUAGAAUCUCUGAUCUCAACGCUUAUAACCUUUAGCUUCUACUUAAAAUGCGCCCUGUAAAGUAAUUAUCGGUAUACUAAUUCGCUCUUGCGCAACGGUAACGUAAUUUAUAAAGAAAUGAUUUUAAUGAUCCUGCAUGAUUUCAUGCAUUGCCAGAUGUAUAGUUCUGGCGUUUUAAUCGGAAAACAGCGUUCAUCCUGAUGUACGUACUGCACACCGUACGCAGACAUUUUUGAAUCGUUUCGGAGUGAGUCCUGAUAAAAGAGUGCUGGGAAAAUAGCGUUACAUUUCCGCCAAUCAAUGUGAUAACCGAUAAAGAUACGGAAGAAUGAGUUCUACAGCUCCCGUGACGUUUGCUACCUAGCUGCAUUAAUAUCUCGAUUACCAUCAAAGGUAGAGUAACCUUUACACAUGUGCAGGUAUGAAAGGUGCAACCGACUCGGGCAGUAUUUAAGCAUAAUAUAUAUUGUACAUUGUUUCGGUUAGAGAGUAUUUUAUUUUCCAGACCUAAGUGGUUUAAUUUGCGUCCAAUAUAUACAUAUACGGAGUGUAAUAUAUUUUUUAUGUUCUGCUAUCGAUGAUCUAUCGUUUACUAAUCAUGUUCGAUCGCGUGCGUCCGCUUUCUUCAGGCUCAUCGACAGUCCCAAAGAGCCCCGGAAUGAAUUUCUGUACAUAUUAAUAGUGAGAUGUUUAUAGCGCAUCAUGUAGAUUUGUAAUUUAUGUUUUCGUCGACGAACGAAAUAGAAGCGAUUCUUACGUCUAUUUCUUUGUCGUCGUUCGCUGCAACUUUGUUUUUCCGUCAGCACACUCCCCUAACUACCAAAGACGAGGAACGACUUUUAAUUGUAUUCUUUGUACGAUUUAUAGCGAGAUGGUUUUAAGUUGCGCGUCUAGACCGAUGUAACGAUUUUGACUAGAAACAAACUUCUUGCAUUCGAGAUUUCGAGAGAGUUGCCGACACUCGGGCUUGCGAAACUUUUGUAAAUUCUUAUGUUAAGCGACAAAACUGGUGAAAUUCAAGAUGUGCAUGUUGUGUCAGGGCUGCGCAUUAUUAUGCGAGCUCGCUUUCGGUGUCGAGCUCGGAAUUGUACCUGGCUCAUGAUGAAGCUGUAAUGGCGUUAAUAAAGAAAGUUGCGAAACAGAA